UCGUUCGUUCUUUUCUCUCUUUGUUUGCUAAACAUGGUCGGAUCUUUCUGUCCGUAAAACUCCUAAAACUAACUGCUUGCUCCCUUAACCGUAUCUCAUUUGAUUUUCCACAACUCUCUCACACACGCGCUUGUUUGCUAUCUGCAACUUCAUUCCUCUCCAUCAACACAAAUUCAUCAGAAAUGAAUGCUGGCAACGACAGCCUUUUACCACAUUCUUCGUUGUAUUUGAGAAAUUUGCUGUAUCACGUUUGCUCUGUAUAAUUAAUUAUUAAUUAAGCUUGUUUGAAGGCCAGAAUAAUGGAGAAAGAUGACAGGAAGACAGCAUCUUCCAAUCCAAUGGCUGUCCUAAGUGCAUCGCAGAAGUACGCCGCCGGAGCACUCUUUGCCAUAGCCGUGCACCGCGCACAGAUCCACCAGACUCUCUUUGCCUCCCGAAAUAAUAAUGAUGAUGAUGAUGACGAUGAUGAUGGUGGUGGUGGAGGUGCAGGAGAGCACCUCUCUCAUGACGGUGGUUCCGAUUUGGCUUCUGAGGAGACUCAUGAGUGGAUUCAUCAUCAUUCCGGCCUCCUUCGUCCGAUUUUCAAGUUUCUUGAGAUCGAGAGCAAAAAGUGGGGCGAACUGGAGGAAUUAGCCUCUGCGGCUGAUUUACCUCGUGCUGGAUCUUUCGUAAAGCUACUCGGGGAAGAAAAUGGUGAGAAAUCAUCGGAAUCAGCCGAUGAAGUUGCUCUUGCAGAAGGAAUCGAUGCUGUGUCUUCCAAGGUGGAGAAAACCAGGGCAAAUUACGACGACAUGAAGGAGAAACAAACCGAAUGGGAGCAGGCGUGCCGGGAGAAGUUUACGGCGCCGGAGCCAGGGACAGAAUCAAAAUCUGAAGCAAGCGAUCCAACUGAAAGUCCGAAGCCGAAAACUGAUGUCAUUGCAGAACCUGUGGCUGAUCAUCCCCACCGAUGUUCUUCGAUCUUCGAUUCAGACUGUAAGCCGUUGGAAGAGGCGACGAUGCUCACCUAUCCGAGGAAGAUCACCGUUCUAUAUCAGUUGCUUUCUGCUUGCCUGGCUAAUCUUUCCGUAGACGGCGAUAAAUCCACGCCGGCGAGCAGAAAGGGAUACGACGCUAGACAUCGCGUCGCAUUACGGUUGCUCGCGGCAUGGUUCGAUGUCAAAUGGAUAAAAAUGGAAGCGAUUGAAACCACGAUUGCGUGCUCUGCAAUGGCUAUUUUAAAGGAGGAGGAAUCGAAGCAAGAAGACGCAUCGACGGACGACACGUGGGCUAAGUGGAAGCGAGGAGGGAUCAUCGGGGCGGCGGCAUUGACCGGAGGCACAUUGAUGGCGAUUACCGGCGGUUUAGCUGCGCCGGCAAUAGCCGCCGGAUUCAGUGCUUUAGCGCCUACAGUUGGGGCCAUAAUUCCGGUGGUGGGGGCGAGUGGAUGUGCCUUUCUUGCUACUGCCGCCGGCAGCGCCGCCGGAUCGGUGGCGGUUGCAGCUUCGUUUGGAGCUGCUGGAGCAGGACUGACAGGGAGCAAAAUGGCAAAGAGAAUUAGCGACGUGGAAGAGUUCGAGUUCAAAGCUAUAGGAGAGAAUCAUAACCAGGGACGGCUAGCGGUGGAGAUAUUAGUGUCGGGAUUUGUUUACGAGGAAGAGGAUUUUAUGAGGCCCUGGGAAGGGUACGAUGAUAACUUGGAAAGGUACGUGGUGCAGUGGGAGUCGAAGCAUCUAAUUCCGAUCAGCAAUGCUAUUCAGGACUGGGUGACAUCAAAAAUAUCUCGGGAAAUAAUGAAGCAAGGAGCAAUGAUGACAGCACUGAGCACGCUGGUGACGGCAGUGGCGUGGCCAGCAACGUUGCUCUCUCUCACUAAGUUCAUUGAUAGCAAAUGGGCAAUUGCAAUCGACAGGUCGGACAAGGCCGGGAAACUGCUGGCGGAAGUAUUACAAAAGGGGCUGCAAGGUCAUAGGCCUGUGACACUGGUGGGGUUCUCACUGGGAGCUCGGGUCAUUUUCAGCUGCCUCCAGACAUUGGCUGAGACCCAUCCACUCGAUAGUGGAGGAAUUGUGGAAAGAGUUGUUCUUAUGGGGGCUCCAGUACCAAUCUCAGACAUGAACUGGGAAACCACUCGAAAGGCGGUGAGUGGACGGUACGUGAAUGCAUACUCCACAAACGACUGGAUGCUUGGAAUCGCAUUCCGUGCCACUCUUCUGAGCCAGGGACUGGCUGGCAUUCAAGCAGUGGAGGUCCCAGGAAUCCAAAACGUUGAUGUGAGUGAAAUGAUCGAUGGGCACUCGGCUUAUCUUUGGGGGUCACAGCAGAUCUUAGAACAGCUUCAACUCGACUCUUACCACCUUCCCUACCAUCAUAUUAAAAUUGUCAAAUCCACUACCCGUAAUCAUCAUCUUCCUCACCACCAUCAUCGCACUAACACAAAAGAGAUGUUCAUGGAAAAUUUUGAUCCACUAAACCAAUCUGAUUCCCUUUUCAAAUCUUUCCAUUCAAAUAAUUAAUCAACUAUUUUUCUAUA